GCGGCGGAUAAUGAUUGUGAAUAGGUAUACUUAUAAGGAAAAUUCUUUAAGAAAUAACUCAUGGAACGAACAGAAGCAAAGUUAUACAUUAAGCACAUAGCAAAACUUUCAACUGUCCACGGAUUCCAGUACGUAGUAUGUCAAACAAGGAGCAUCCAAGAGUUAUUAUAUUAAUUUAAAUUGCUAUAUUAUUGCACCGAAAACUGAUGUCAGUUUAUGAACACUACUGGUGACGUAAUAAACUAUAUAUAUGUAUAUAUCUGUAUCUGUACAACAGGAUUCGGUGUGCGUAUCGUGUGGUCAGUGCUUUAGACUUCGACCUUUUUAUUUGUCUUCCACGUGCAAACCAUUCUGGCAUUGACGUACACAGUUAUUCUAUAGAGACAAGAUACUUUGGAUUUUGCGACGUCAUUUCUGUAGAGGGAAAUCAUACAUUAAAAAAUAUUUAAAAUAUAUAGGUGAGUUAGUUCUAGCUGUUACAUGGUUAUUGGAAAAUGGUUUCCACAACUGUAAUGGAGAAUGGAAUUAAGGUUGGAGAGGUGUCUGGCUUGCCAGCUGGUGAAUAUAGCCUGGUUGGAUGGGAUUUGGACACCACUGGACGCCGACUGAUUGAUGAAAUCUGCCACAUUGCAGCAUAUUCUCCAGCAGACACAUUCUCCCAGUAUGUGAUGCCAUUUUGUGAUUUAAAUAUUAGGGCUCAACGCAGACACAACAUAAGAGUCAUAACUGUAGGUCGCUAUCGCAUGCUCAAGGAUUGCAAGACUGGAAAGGUGCUAAAAACCAAAAGUGAGAUAUAUGGAUUAUCAGACUUUAUUCAUUGGCUAGAAAUUGUAAAAGGAAAUGCUGUAGAUGGUGUAAUUCUUGUGAGCCAUGAGCCCCGCAUGGUGGCAGCACCGCUACUUUUGGAGGCAUUGCAAAAGUACAACCUGCUUGAGAGAUUCUCUGCUGUAGUGAAGGGAUUUGCCAAUGGAUAUAGAGUAGCAGAAGUAAAAUGUGCCAAAACAGUACGCUCAUUUUCACUGCGCACUUUGUCCCGUGUGUUACUGAAUAAUGAAGAGGACCUAGACAGUGCUGCAGACAGAGCACGUCUUGCCUUCCAGAUAGUACAACACCUGUGUGCUGGGGAAGAUCGCCCAGAAAGUAACCAAGGCAGUGGGGAUGGACAGGCUGAUAAUCAUGGACUUGCAGAAGCGAUACGUCAGUUCACAAAUACUGUAGCCAAAGAGGAGAUGGAACUUGUCGGACUGAAGACAGUGUUGAAACGUCAGGCCUCUAUGCGUCCUGUAUUUGGUCCAUUGCUUUCUGUAAACAGACGUGAGAGGCAGCGUGCUAGCAAUUUGCGCAGAAUUCUUGCUGAAGCAGAGAUCGACUAUCCACUGCUCACUGCUACAUACUCAAAAGAUGGAAAGGAAAGCAUUACCCAGUUGCUAGCUUCUAAAUUAACACAAGUUAAGCCAAAAGAGAGGGAUGAAUUACAUGAGCUAUUAAUGGGCCACUUUGACCCAGAGUCAAAACCAAAAAGUGAGAAGACUCAAGUGAACAAAGAGAGUAAAUAUGGUGUUGGGGAUGUAAGUGGAUCCAGCACACCAGACACUACGACUAGUUCUAUGAAAACUCCCGUCUCAUCAGAUGAUAAUACCAACACCAACUGUACCAUCUCUCCUCAGACCAGUACCACAUCUCCACAAAAACAUUCCACAUUUUUUGGCCCGGUGGUUACCAGCUCACCCGAGUCAACAGUAUCUUAAAUUUCAACACACUAAUUGUGCUUGACCAUUCUGUAGAGGAUGUGUGAGUGCCUUACUGAGGACAUGUUUAUGUUUGAUGCCAGUGAUGCCUUUGUUCAAUGAAUUUCUUACAUUGAAUGUUCAUAUGGUAUGAAUGAUUAAAAAAAGAAAACUUUUUUUGUUUUAAUUUGCUGUGACCUAAGAGUAUGUUGUUUUGUUUUAUUAACUGUUUUGUUUGUGAUAUAAGGAAUAAAUACAUUUUCUUGUUUUGUUUGUAAAUUUUGUUCAUUGUAAGUUCAACUGAGGAAACGUUUGUUCCACAGGAAGUUUCUGGAACAUUCCUCAAGAGCAAUCAGAAAAUUUGAUUCUCCAUGUAUGCUGUAAUUCAAAACAAAUGUCCAGAUCUCAUUGUAAAAAUUCUAAAUAAAGAAUGAUUUGUGUAUUAA